AAUGAACAGCGAAGAAGCAACACUGACUCCGAGCAGAGACGGCCGUCUAGCGUUUCUUGCAGCGACCGCGGAAAGACAAGGCCCCAGCCUUGUGACACGUCACCAAUGGCCUCGAUGUCAGUGCAACUCGGGGCCGACGGGCCCGACGUCCUGGCCGCGAAGCAACCGCCUUCGACGGCCACUAGAGGGCAAGUGGCGCCCUCUGGCGGUGGUGUCAUCAUCGUCGAGCAGGGUCGUUCAAAGGACUCGACGUUCUAUGCUAAUUGCCCUCUUUGUUUAUUUGGAAAAGUGGUCAUGAAGAGCUGGAAAAGUUUUCAAAAACGGUCGGCGAACAGGGCUCGGACGGCGGCAGCAGCCAUGGCUACCUGGACUGAGGAGGCCACCCACCUUUGGGCUCAAGAAGCCUGGACUAGCAAUAAAGUUUAUUUCUUUCUCUCUCUCUCUUGCGGUGAAUCGUGCAGUAUUAAUUGAAGAUGUCAUGGCUAUAAAUGUUUUGUUGAUUAGACAGGCAGCUACUUCAUUCCCUACAUUAUUUACGUACAGUUCUGAACCCAAAAUGAAAGCUGGUUUUACCCUGCGCUAAACUGGCACCAAUGCUAAGCAGCUGGCUUCCUUGGCCGAAGGCAUCGAACCGACGACAACUCGCGCUUAG